AUGGUCGCGCCGGAGGUCACACUCACGCAUUUGAACCGCGCAGACGGCUCGGCGACAUACACACACCACGGCUACUCCAUCAUCGGCGCAGUCAAUGGCCCCAUCGAAGUACAGCGCCGCGACGAGCAGCCCGAGGAAGCCACAUUGGAAGUCAACGUGCGACCUUCUGCAGGCGUAGGCAGCACGUCACCUCUCCACAACACGCGAGUCCAGCUACUGACCCUUCGCCAGCACCACGCGAACGCCACCUGGAAACGCUACUGCACACCACGCUCCGCAGCAUCAUCCUCACACGCCUCAUCCCGCGCACGCUCGUGCAGGUCACGCUGCAAGUGCGCAGCCUCCCCGAGGAAGACACAUCGACCGGCGUCAACACCAGCCUGACGCUGCUCCCGCACCUGCUGCACACGGCGCUGCUCGGCCUGCUGUCCGCCUCGAUCCCGCUCGCCACGACGCUGACGAGCGUCCUCGUCGCCUACCCCUCCGCGUCGACCAAGAGCUCCACGCCGCUCCUCGCGCCCACGGCGAACGAGCUGCUGCGCGCCAAGCCCGUCAGGUCGAUCCACGUGUUUGCCUUUUCGGGCGACCGGCGACUGCUGCUGGACGAGAGCGAUGGGAGGUUCGGCUACGACGAGUGGGAGGAGGCGAGUGAGCUGGCAGAGGAAGCGUGCUGCAGAGAGGAGGACGAGGGGGGUGUGAGUUUACGAGACAGCAUGGAGGUGGACGGGGGGGUGCAGAGCAAGAAUCUGCACCAGUGGCUGCGGGGGAUCGUGGCGACGAAGGUGGCGUACGAACAGAGGUGGAAGAGCGCCACGUGA